UACAUUGUAAUAAAACAUUCCAACCCAUGGUUAAACAUGGUUGCAAGCUAACGGUAACAGCUAAUGCUAAGAUCAAGCUCGACCAAAGACCUUAUCCUGAAAUGUUUAAAUACGUGUACUAUAAUUUAAUUUGCACACAUGGUGGAUUCAAUUCAAGCCAAGGAAUAGGGAAAAGAAAUUUAGGAUCAGCAAAAAAUAACUGUCCAGCUAAAACUUAUGCUGCUUUAACAAAAGAUAGAACAAAAAUAGUUAUUAAACAAAUGAUAGAAACGCACAAUCAUGUUAUUGAUCAAGAUCUUUACAAAUACUAUGUCCAAAAUAGAAAGCUAUCAAAUGAGGAAAAGGCCAAAGUUAAAGAACUGAGUCGUCUUGAUGUUACUACUAAAGUAAUUGCUGAUGAAAUGAGAAAGAGUACAGGAAAAUCUAUAGUAAAUAAGGACAUUUGGAACAUUAAGGAUAAAAUUCGUCAACAUUACACCUAUACACCCUUAUGCACAUAUAGUCUGUUUACAUCUUUUGUAUGCUUUUUGUUCUUUCAUAGAUAAACUAUCUUUGUUUGAACUCAUCCUUAUUUAGAUAAUAUUUUCUUUUAAUAGAUAUGUUGUUGAAAUGUAGAUACAGAUUUGUAUGUUAUCUAUAUGUGUUUAUCAUGUGUAAUUGAAUUUUUCAUUAAAGGAUUCAUAUGCAUAUACAUAUAAGCAUAAGAGCGAUUCUUAUAAACUAGCGGCUUUCGACUUGUUUUUAUGAAGUAUGUUUUUCCUUGUUAUUUUGUUAUGGUCUCAAAGUUACAUUUAAUUCGGACCGUAGAGAAAACUUUAUUUUUCGGAAAUUUCGAUUUUGAUAUGGUCUCAAAGUUUCUUUUAGUUCGGACCGUAGAGAAAACUUUACUUUUCGGAAAUUUCGAUUUAGAUAUGGUCUCAAACUUUCAUUUAGUUCGGACCGUAGAGAAAACUUCAUUUCUUAACAAUUUUUUUUCCCGCUUUCUACAUCGUUUUUAUAUCACGAUUUAUAUCAUUGUUAUAUUACCAACAACUAAUUUUUUAACCACUCAUUU